AUGGGUCAAUUCAACAAGGGAGGCACGGGGAGGAUAGAGCUCAUCCCUGGCAUCGAUAUCCACACCAUGGCCAUUGGACUGAUCACUCUCGUGGUCGUGACUGUAGUCACACUUUGGUUCUACGCCAACUAUAUCUAUGAUGAAGACGCAGCUCGUGCCUUGACUGCUAGUAAGAAGCCUGUGUCGACCGAGAUCGUUUCUCUGCGCAUUUACCCCAUCAAGUCAUGCCGUGGUAUCGAGGUUCAAGACACCAAACUUCACAAGACUGGAUUGGAUCUGGAUCGUCAAUGGAUGUUCGUCGACGCAAAGAGCCGUCAAUUUUUGACCAUUCGCUCAGACCCUUCCAUGACUCUGAUUGAUACUGGACUCAGCGGAGAUGGCAAGGGAAGAUGGACGGAAUUGCAUGUCAGCAUUCACGACACCGACAAACACAUCAAGGUACCUUGCUACCCUACCUCUGAAUGGCUGGAAGAGAACACCAAGCUUUCCAAGGUGGAGAUCUGGGGCGAGGAAACGGACGCCUGGGAAUACAGCGAGGGUAUCAACGCAAUCUUCAGCGAAUACUUCAAGAAGCCCGUCGCUCUGGUCUACAAGGGCCCUACUCCGAGAAAUGCUCGCGGUAACGGCAGCCCUGAGCUCUACGGCAAGGAGCAAGAGCACCACUUUGCCGAUGUCAUGAGCAUUCAAAUCGCUUCAGAGGCCUCUCUCGCCGAUCUCAACUCCAGACUUGAAGCUGCUGGCCACGACCAACUCACCAUUGAGCGCUUCAGACCUAACAUCAUCGUCAAGGGCGACAAGGCCUGGGAUGAGGAUAGCUGGAAGAAGGUGUGCAUCCGCACGACCGAUCACCAGCGUGAAGCCAUUUGGAAGACACACCUUGAUGUCUUGUGCCACUGUGCCCGCUGUCAGGUACCCAACGUCGACCCCGACACAGCCGAGAAACACGCACACGAACCCUGGGACACGCUCAUGAAGUUCAGGCGUAUUGAUCAAGGUGGAGUUGCAAAGUACAAGCCUUGCUUUGGUAUGCUGUGUAUUCCCACAAGUGAUGGACCCAUAGCUGUAGGAGCUGCUCUUGAGGUGGUGGAGCGCACAGAAAAGCAUUUGUAUAACACUUCCAGAUUUGAAGAUCUGUAA